GUUAUUUUUAAAAAAUCUUUAUCUCUACUUAGCUGCACGCGUAUUGGCGAUAUAAAAACCCCUUGAUAAUGCAAAUAAUGCAAACACUUGGCAGUUGAACACCAAAGGAGUCGGAUCAUACAGAAUGAAGCUUGUGUUUUUGUUAUUUGCAUUGCUCGUUGUGGUCGCAACGGUCUCAUCGGUACCACAUGAUGGCAAAAAGGGUGCACCCCUUCACGUAGAUAAGAGCCACGCCCACGUGAAGAAGUCCCAUGGUCACGCUAAGGAAUCACAUCAUAAGGAUCACAAGAAGGAUUCCCAUGGUCACGCUAAGGAAUACCACCAUAAGGAUCACGUGAAGGAAUCCCAUCAUAAGGAUCACAAGAAGGAUUCCCAUGGUCACGCUAAGGCAUCCCACCAUAAGGGCCACAAUAAGGCUAAAGCUCACAGAGCCGAAGGCAACAACGCAAAGGCGCACAAACGUCACUGAUUACAAAACUCGCCAUCCAUUAAUUUUCAGCGAAUUUUGAGUCAUAGAUAAGAUAACAAUCAAUAUUAGUCAUCCGAAUACCGUUUUAAUUCAACUGCUUCUCGUAUAUAACCAACAUUUUUUUUUUUGCUUGUUUAACUAGUAUUUUCCUUCUCACUAUGCAAUAUCUACUUGACUUGCUGUAAAACCUAUUCUCCAUGCAGUGCCUUUUGCUAAUCCAUACAUUUCUUGCCCGCAAAAUUUAUUUACAGUUAUUUUUCAUGAAUAGUAUAAAUAUCUGAAAACUCCAUAACG